AUGUCAGCACGAUACAAUCUCAAUACGGAUCAUUGGAGUAAAAUGCGAAUGAAUAUUAUAAAAAAUACUAUUAAUACUGAACAACGUGGACGUGUUUGUAGUUGGCAAAAACAUCAAAAAUUAGCUGUACAACAUGAAUUAGAAGCAGCUAUUCGUGGUGCACGUAGUUUACCACAAAAUGAAGUUGGAAAAGUACAUAAUUUUCAAGAUAUUCUUACAAUAGAACUUGAUGGAUAUGUACCUGGAACAGCAUAUUUUCGUCGACGAACCGAUCAAAAUAUCGAACCUCUGAAUGAUCAAAUGAAAAAAAUUAUACAAUAUCGUGAUCCAUUAUUGACUGGUUCUCAAUAUACUCUUAUGACAUUACCAACUGAUCCCCAAAGUGAUCAAACAAGAAGUCGUGUACCUGUUUUACAAUGUCGUGGAAAAAUUUAA